GCUUUCCAUGGCUAGGAUUCCCAUCUCCCAUGUUAAAAUUGGAUCGUACGAGUUUUGCAUAGGAAUUAAACUUAACAAUGAAACCUCACAAGUCCUCAUCGCACGGCAGUAACAGCAGGCGACCCACGCUUCUACAUUUGGUAUGCGUUGCUGCACUCUUCGGUCUUCUCGUUUUCGUUCUCCAAUCCUCUUUCUUAACGGGUUCUUCACGUUCAGAUCUCAACACCGAAGAAGUUCGUAUUUUAUCUGAUUUUCAGUUAAAUGUUCAGCAAUGCGUGGCAAACAGAGGGCUUGGACUCACUGCACAGAUAAUUGAUCAUUGUAAAUUGACUCUUAAGUUCCCUGAAGGCACUAACAGCACCUGGUUCAAUGCUCAGUUUAAAAUUUUUGAGCCUCUGGAGUACAAGUAUGAUGUUUGCGAGGCAAUUCUGUUGUGGGAACAGUAUCGAAACAUGACCACAGUGUUGACAAGAGAAUAUCUAGAUGUGAGGCCAGAUGGAUGGCUGGAUUAUGCGGCAAAAAGGAUAGCACAAUUAGGAGCUGAUAAAUGCUACAAUCGAACUCUUUGUGAGGAGCAUCUUAAUUUGAUUCUACCUGCAAAGCCUCCUUUUCAUCCGCGGCAGUUUCACAAAUGUGCAGUUGUUGGAAACUCAGGGGAUCUCUUGAAGACAGAGUUUGGGAAAGAGAUUGAUAGUCAUGAUGCUGUUAUAAGAGAUAAUGAGGCUCCUGUUAAUGAGAAAUAUGCCAAGCAUGUUGGUUUGAAGAGAGAUUUCCGCCUUGUAGUAAGGGGUGCUGCUCGUAACAUGGUUAAAAUUCUAAACGGAUCAACUGAUGAGGUACUUAUAAUUAAAAGUGUGACUCACAGAGACUUUAACGAAAUGAUAAAGAGUAUUCCAAAUCCUGUUUAUCUCUUUCAAGGGAUUGUUCUACGCAGAGGUGCCAAAGGAACUGGAAUGAAAUCUAUAGAACUCGCACUUUCUAUGUGUGACAUUGUUGACAUAUAUGGUUUCACCGUUGAUCCUGGCUAUACUGAAUGGACAAGAUACUUCUCUGCGCCAAGGAAAGGGCAUAAUCCUCUUCAGGGAAGGUCAUAUUACCAGCUCCUAGAGUGUCUUGGUGUUAUAAGGAUUCAUUCUCCCAUGAGAGCUGAGAGAAACCAAGACUGGUCGAAUGUGCCUAGUCGAGAAAUGAUUGGCAGAGCUCUUGCCGCUGCCUUGCGAUUAAAGAGGAGUCAAGCUGGUCAGGCUGGUGGCUUGGGUCAGUUUGGUAGUUGUAAGGUAUGGGGCAACAUUGAUGGUGACAGCGGUGGACCUGUAUCAGGAUCUUCCGACAUGAGUGAUGUCAGGAAGAAUUCAAAUUACAACAAAUGGGAAGUUAUGCCUUCUAAAAGUCUAAGAAAGGAAGCACAGGAUCACUAUUUUCAAAUGGAAGGUGUAUCUCUAUACAAAAUGGAUGGCAAUAAGUUGGAUGAUCUGGUAUGUGUAAAGCAUCCGUUAAAAUCUGAGGUAUGAGCAGUGUCUUCGUAUGGGCAUCUUUUAUCCUUCCAUAUCAGUUAUGAAAUUUCUGUGGGAUGGGCUUUUUACUGAGGGAUCUGUAAACUAAGAGCCUUUGCCUCUCUUUUUUUAUCCCACUAUGUCGAAGCAAACACACAAGUAUCGAAUAAUUCCCGGUAGAUAUCCUGAUAACAUGGACACUAUUGAGUUCUCAACUUUUAUGCAUGCAAUGGUGAUAAAGAUUUCUGCAGUUCUACCACCAGACAGAUGCUUCAUGUUUAUGGAGAUUUUUGUGAAGGGACUAUUGAAAGAUGUAAUUUUGGAAAUACAGAGAUCCAGCUGCAGGUUUUUUUUUUUUUUUUUUUUUUUGUGUUCAGAUGGUUGUAAAUGUAAAUUGUUACAGUUGAUGGGGUUUGGUAUGUAUCUUGAAUAUAUCAAUAAAACAUUUAUUUAUUCAGUCCAAUGGAUGGAUGGUCCGGGAUUUCCAUUUCUUGGCGCUUUAAAA